CAGUCAAUGAUCUCGGCAGAAGGAUUAGAGACGUUGCGAAUAACUUCGACGAUCUCGCUAUUCGUGCUGGCUUGAAUGAUGGUGUGUAGGACCUUGCCGCUUCUCACGCAGAUUUUAUUAGCACCACAACUCUCAUCGAAUAUGAAGGGAUUCUGCAGUACACCUAACGGAGUCUUGCUGUAGAUGUCUCGUGUCAUGGGGUAUCAUUUGACACGCAGCCGGCCCUGGGUCAGGCAACCGCAUGCGGGCAGAAGCAACCGACGACGACCAAAGAGCAAUUACCGCAUCCGGUCUACGCAGUUCGCCGCUCACUCAUGCGGUGCUCCGGACAGUGUAACUUCGCGCCAUCGCACACCAUGUGCGAAAGCGAGAUACUCAUCAAUCUCGUACGAAAUUGCCCCAUACUUUAUGAUACGAAGAACAAAGAUUAUAAGGACAAUGCAAAAAAGGCGGAAACUUGGACAAACAUCGCUAUUAAAUUGCACUUAGAUAAUGGAGCUAUUGCAAAAAGUAAAUGGAGGCACCUGCGAGACAGUUAUGCCAAAUAUUUGCGAACACAAUCAAAUACUGCGGGACAAUGUAGCAAAAAAUACAAACAUUGGGCUUGGGCUAGUCAAAUGGAAUUUUUGAAACCGCAUGUAACUACCAGGCAGACUGAUUACAUUCACACAGACGAUUAUUCGGACAGCGACGCAGAGACAAAAAUAAAAUCCGAGCCUACGUUAGAAGAAUACGUUCAAUAUUACGAAGAGCCACCUAACGAAAAACCAUUGAUGCUAUCUUUGAGAAAACGGAUAUCACAACAGAAUUUAUGUUCCAAUAUACCCGACGAAACUUUCGAAUAUUUACAAACUGGCAAGCUGCAGAAAUUCAUGGACGCUGUAGAUCUACUCUUUCUAAGUCAUGCACAAACAUUGAAGACCUUUUCCCCGCAAAGACAAGCCACGGUGAAGCUUCAAAUUGCACAAAUCAUAAAUAACGCAGAACUAGAACAACUAGAGGAACUUAGUCCGUUACAAUUCUCAUCGUCUUCAUCUCCUCCCUCUUGAAAAUGUUAUAAAACCGGUAAUAUGUAUAUUUUUCUUAUACAUUUCAUUAUUAUUUAUACAAAUUUCAUUUAAAUAUUUAAAAAUGUACUUUGAUAGAAAAAGAAAGAGAAACAAAUCUUCGCUAAGAUAAGCUUGCAUUCGCUGGCAUUGAUUAAUAUUACAACAAUGUGAUAACUUAAAAUAUAAGCUAACGUUAAAUUUUUAUAAAAACUUAUAUAUUAAUGUGUAUAUCGAAAUUCUUCGUUUGUUUGUAAUACAUAAACAAAUGUAUUUUUAUAUUUAUGAUAGAAUAUAUACUUUGAUAGUAAAAAGUUCAA